CUCAGAUUGAACAAGGAAGAGCCACAAAAAAGCAGAGAGAGAGACAGAGAGAGACAGAGAGACAGAGAGCAAACAUAAAAGAAGAUUGUCUUUACACUCAGUAAUGGAUUCUUCCAACAGUGUCAGUUGGGAAGAGGAGUUCAAGUGCUGUAUCUGUCUGGAUGUGCUCACCGAUCCAGUCUCCACUCCAUGCGGACACAACUUCUGCAUGGCCUGCAUUGAACAAUGUUGGACAAGCGCUGAGGACAAUUGCUGCCCUCUCUGUAAGGAGAAAUUCAGCACAAAACCAGAACUGAAGGUCAAUACAACGUUGAAAGCAGUGGUGCAUCAUUUCCAGAUGAAAAAGGGUGGCAGCAAACCUACCAUCCCCUGUGAUGUUUGCUCUGGGCAGAAAAUGAAGGGUGUGAAGUCUUGCCUAGAUUGCAGAAUAACGUUUUGUGAAACCCACCUGGAAAACCACAACACUGCACCAAGAAUCAUUAAACACAAACUGAUGGACCCUGUGGAGAACAUGGAGGCCUACAUCUGCCAGAAACAUGAGAGACCCCUGGAGCUGUUCUGUAGAGAUGACCAGAUGUAUGUAUGUCAGUUCUGCACUGAGACAGACCACGAGACUCACAGCACAGUUCCUAUAGAGGAGGAGAGUGGAGAGAAGAAGACACAACUUAAAAAGAAGCAAGAAGCCAUUCAGCAGAUGAUAAAACACAGGCAAAAGAAGAUCCAGGAUAUCCGGAGCUCUGUACAAUGCAACAAGGAAAGCAGUAAGAAAAGCAAGGCCCACACCCUAAAGGUCUUCAGAAAUCUGAUGCACUGCAUUGAGAGAAGCCAGGCGGAGCUGCUUGAGGUGAUGGAGGAGAAGCAGAAAGCAGCAGAGAGGCAGGCUGAAGAGUUCAUUAAAGAGCUGGAGCAGGAAAUCACUGAGCUAAAGAGGAGAGACACUGAGCUGGAGCAGCUCUCCCACACUGAGGACCACCUCCACCUCCUACAGGUUUACCGGUCCUUCUGCAGCCCUCCACCCACCAAGAACUGGAUGGACGUCAGGAUUAACACUCAUCUGAGGGCGGAGACUCUGAGGAGAGCCCUGUCUCAGCUUCAGGAAGCGCUCAACAGGGAACUAAAACGACUGUCUAAGAUAAUGUCAAAACCAGCAUUGCAUAGAAAUGCCCCCUCUUCAUCCACCAUCACAUCAGCUACUGAACCUGCUGACCCUCUUUUCAGAUCCACUGUCAGUGCAACAGCUCCUUCUCCCUUCUCACCAGUUUCCUACAGUAACUUGUCUGAUGGUCUGGGAAAACUGCAGAAAAUGCAUGCAGUGAACGUGACUCUGGAUCCUGAAACAGCCUACCCUAAACUCAUCCUGUCUGUUGACGGGAAGCGAGUGUGGCACGGGUGCGCAUGGCAGAAUGUUCCAAAUAACCCAGAGAGAUUUGACACGUCUGCCUGUGUUCUAGGAAAGGAGGGGUUCUCUUCAGGGAGAUUUUACUAUGAGGUUCAGGUCACAGGGAAAACCAUUUGGGUUUUAGGAGUGGUCAGAGAGUCCAUUAACAGGAAGGGGAUGAUUUCCAUCAAACCUGAGAACGGAUACUGGACUGUGCACCUGAGGAACAAGACAGAGGUUCUGGCUCUGGGCUCUCCACCGCUCAUCUUCUCGCUGAAAGAGACUCCUCAAAAGUUGGGAGUGUUUGUGGAUUAUGAGGAGGGUCUGGUCUCCUUCUAUGAUGUCGAGGCCAGGUCUCAUAUCUACUCUUUCACUGGUCAGUCUUUCACUGAGAAACUCCAUCCAUUCUUCUUCCCUUGCAACAAAGGAGAUUUCUCAAAACCAAUGAUCAUCUCACCUGUCAUACCUUGUUUUUAACAGUUUAGUUGAGAUAUUUAGGAUGCAGUAAAUGCAUUAAAGGAAAAGUAGGUUAAAUUACACAUCUAGGAAAAUAAAAUUGGGUGCAAAUACAAUUAACAUAGAACCUUGUAGCCCACUCACAAUCACCCAUUGCUACUACAGAAGAUCACACAUCGCUUCCCUCUUGCUUAAAUGUUAUCCUCCUAGGGCUGCAGGAAAACUCUCAGAGCUGCAAAUUAUGUGUAAUCUUUGAAAAAUGAAAUUUAUUUGAUCAAGAUACAUAUUACAUAACAAUGAUAUCCACUCAGAUGAUUUUGGGGACAAACUGAAAACAGAAGAGUUUACAGCUCAACAAGUGGAAGAUCCUUUUAUAUAGCUCCUAAUACCUGAAAUGACAUUCCAGCAUUUAUUUCCAUUACAGCAUUAAUUUUACUAUUAAAUCAUUGUGACCACUGUAUUGCAUCUUUCCAAUGAUUUAGGGUAAACACCCCUAUUAAGCUCACCCAAAUCUAAAAUUUGACGUAUUUAAAGCAAAAGUCAUUCUGUUUAGCAGGAGAUGUUAAUUUAAAAUGAAAUAUUAAUCUCUCAUGUAGCAAUGUUAAUUUUAAUGUUUAGUUUUAUCAUUUAUAAUAAAGUUAUUAAAGUUUAAAAGUCAAAAGUCUGAGGUGUGCUUAAUGGGUAUAUAUUGUACCCCUUAAGAACACCCCUGUUCCAAUUAAGCUCACAAGAAUAUUGUACAUUUAAAAUUAUUGUUAAUGUAAAUAAUUUCAAUUAUUUUUUAUUUUAAAUUGAAUUCCUUAAGUUGAAGGGCCCAGCGCCAUCUAAUUGUGCCCUGCACAGGAAGAAUCUCUUCUCAACAUUUUCAAUUCUGUCUCUAACUGGCAGCAUGUAUGUAUUGUUUGGGCCCCUGCUCUGAAAUUUCACAACAUACUGUUCUCCAUCAGGAGGUGCAGAGACAUUCAUGGGCUCUUUCUAUUCUUUCCAUCUGUUUCAGCUUUCCUUUUCUUGUUUUCCUUCUUUCCAUCUUUGGAUUGUUCCGUUUCCUUCCGCUUUUCAUUCUCCUCUAGCCUGGCCAUGACUUCUGGAGAGGUUAAGGAUUCUCCAUACUUUAAUGUGCUUAUUCUCUGUUUUUUGAUGGUCUGCUUUUUGUUUGGAGUUAUGUUCCGGAUCGUACCCUCUUUAUAUAGGCGACAUGCCUCCUUCAUCUUUGGGCAGGAGCUGUAAUUCCGUCUUGGUUUUGUCAUCUUAACUUUGUAAAAAUAAGAUAUUGCUAAUUAUUUUACCUUCAUUUACACAGAAAACUGACAAUGAUUGUUUUUAGACCAUUAAUGAACUAUUCAGAUAGGCAGUCUAUGUAAGUGAGCUUAAAGGGAGCACCCUGAGCUUUAUGGGGACAGCAAUACUUUCGCAUUUAAAAUAUAAUGGACUUUAUUUUAACAUCAGUAUUUUGUCACAAAAAUGUUCUUUACCAUGUAUAUAAUCAUAUACUGUUUGUAGUGAAGCUAGAAAUACUGAUUAUACUUUUAUAUACAUUUAUACUUAAGCUUUUUUCCAAUGUGCUCACUCCGUUUUUAUGCUGCUGUAGCCUUUAAGCUCAUGUAAAAAUGAUACAAAAUCUUUAAAAAAUCCUGCAAUCUACAAAUAUUAUUUCUCAUCCAUUUGGAAAUAAAUGAUGUGCUUAAUAGUUAAACACAAGAAAUGAUCAUGUGUGAUUUAAUAUAUUGGUGUCUGCAGCAAUCUCAUUUGACUAGCAUGCUAACAAGGAAUUGCGGCAUUUGCUAAAACCCUAUAAAACUGUCUUUUGAAUUUACUGUUACUUUCUCUUACAUCCAAGUUCCAACUUGUGCUAGGUUGUGUUAAAACCAUUAAUCUCUUAAAUUUGUAAAAAUUUGUCAUACUUACCCAAAUUAAAAGUUGCUGUAUAUUAAAAUUUUCAAAAUCUGAGGGGUCUAUCCACAGAUUUCAUGUGGCUUUCAACAUGACCGCCAGGAAGAGGGAACAUUGACAGGAUGUUGUCAGAAUAUGCAGCAGUAUGAUUGGCUUUUAAAUUGCAUGGAAUAUUUUCAAAAACAACUACAUGUCUUGAUUUAGUUAUCAAGCAGGAUAAUAACUUUUUUGUAUUAGCAUAAUUUGUGUUCAAAGUUGCAAGUGUGCUUAAUGGGUAAGUGAGCUUAAUAGGGGCGUUUACCCUAAUUAUCUUUUUGUUUAAAGCACUUUGAGAUUUUGUUAUGAAAUGGAAAAUGUCUAAAUAAAGAAAAUACUAUUA